GAGCGCCAUCUCUCGAAUAAACAAGAACAGUUAUGGCGUCUGUUGCUAGCUUCCUUGGAUCCACAUCCGUGUUCCUAUUUUUUGCUUUAUUGGUCGUUUCUGAUCACCAAACUGCCAGUGAAGAAGCAUUGGACUCAGAGUCACUGGUUUUCGAUGAUCGGCUGUCAAAUGUUCCUGCAAAAAGCAGGGCAGAAUUUGCCGCUACUCAAGUAUCAAAUCAAGAUGAUGUAUCCAACCAAACAGAAAAGCUCAGAGGGAAGGAGACUGAGCACAGAUCACCUCUUCCCAGAUACAUCCAGACAUUGCUGCCAUAUCAUCUAAAAAGAAGUACACAUUCACCAGUCUGCAUUCUGUUUACACAGAAAGAUUUGGAUUUUGACCUUGAGGGAAAAUUUUCCAAGUUAUGGGACAAGCUGUCAACCUAUCCCAUGUUCCAGAAUUGGAAAGUAGGAGCGUAUGAUGUGGCCGAUGGACCCCUAAGAGGUUUAUCCCCACCCUUCGCUUUGCCUUCAUUGAGGUGCUAUGUCGGGACAGCUGAGCCUGAGGACUACUCUGGCAGACCAAACCUGAAAAUGCUCCUCCAAUGGUUCAGAUUUCUGGCUCACAAGUAUCAUAAUCGUAUGAUGGAAGCCAACAUAGACUCUCUGCAAAAGGCUGCCUCUGAUGGGCGCAAGCUGACCAUCCUUGCUUUUCCUGGAGAAGAAAAACACUUUGAAAUCGAACGGAUGUUAUUAGAGUUCAAGUCAUCACACCCAAGUAAUCUCCAGCUCUUCAUAGUUCACCCUGGCUCGGCGAACGAGAGUUCACUUCAAAACAAGUUUAAUAUCGCAGUAGAGCCCACUAUACUAGCUCUCAAGAAAGGGGACAAGCGUCUUCGAGUUUUGCAAAGGAUUGAGGAACCGCUUGUGACCCCGAAGUUUGUUGAACCCUUCAUUAUCUCCCAGACAUCACCUGCUGUUACACUAACAGUGAAUAACUUUCAGAAAGAGGUCUUUGGUGGUGGUGGUGGUGGUGCCACGCCCAUCUUGGUAUGUUUUUACACUCACUGGGCUGAAGGUGUGGUUCCUUAUCUCAAUGCCUUUGUGGAAUCUGUCAAGGCUUUCAAAGACCAUGGGGCCAAACUUGGAUUCGGCAUAGUGGAUGUGGAAGAACAGCAAGACAUUGUUCCACGUUGGGUGAAUGCUCGAGGGAUAGAUGGGAUACCUUUCAUUCUUCUCUUCAGGAGGAAGUCUGAUAUUGGCAAAGGUAAAUUUUUGCAUCAGCUUGCUCUACCCAAGGGAGCCAACACCCUAGCAGCUAUUGAAAGCUUCCUAAAGGAGAACAAUGUAACAUUAGAAAGUGUGGAUGGAGGACCAUUCCAUUAUCCAACAUGGGUAGCUUCAACGUUUGAUAUGGAGUUAUCAAUGGGAGAGUCCAGCCUGAUAGCCCCAACAUGCAUCUCAGCUCUCAACACUUCCAUAGAGGGGGUGGAAUACAUAUGGGGUGAGGGACCUUCAAUCAUAAAUAAAGUCUGUGAAACAGAAGAUAAUACCAUCAUUGAUGACCCAAGAGAUGCCAAAGUUACAGUGGAAGUUAAGGAUAUAUUAAGUCAGAAAACCAGUGUAUCGAGCUGUAUUGGGAGCAUAGAUCGACUGACUGACGCUACCUGGUCUGCAGUGAUUGAGAUGUCACACGCAGGCAUGAAGCCUGAAGAUCUACAGGCACUCAUGAAUAUUCAUAAGACAUCUAGAAAGAAAGACAAACCUCAGACAAGUCUUGUCUUCUUCAUCCAAGAUGGCUGCGGGAGCUGUCGAAGGCAACAGGCCAUGUUUGAGAGGGUCGCUGAGGCUGUCAAGUUUGUAGAUGGUGGGUCUGCCUACAUACUGAACUGUACCUCUGACCCCGUGACCUGUGAUCAUCAUCAAGUCAGGGGAUUCCCCACAGUGAUUGCAUUCCGUACCUUCGGUCAGCACAGCAGCGAAAGGUGUCUCUCGCCUGAUCAUCACGAGCAUACGCUGCGUAUGGAUUACCAUGGGCUAUUACAGGAAAAGGAAUUGAUGGAAUGGUUUUCUGAAGUCGCUCUUCCGAGAGUUCAGAUCAAAACUCUUCAACAAAUCAAACAGGAACAGAAGCAUACCAAUGUGAUCCUCCUAGCGACCGUCUACCCCCUCUCCCUGGCUAGCCAAUACUUGAGGUCUGUGGGUGGGGUCAACAGCUGGUACCCCCAGGACUGCUUCCUUGUCGCGUGUGAAAGGCUUUAUGGGAAGGCCAGGUGCUAUGCGGCUUAUGGGGAGAACAUCCGAACGAAGGAUAGAGAGAGGACGAGCAAGGAGGAGAGAUUGAUCGUGGGAAAGGUUGAGAUGCUUCGACAAGAUGGAGUGUCAUCGAAGAUUAUUACGAGUGGGCGGAGUCUCAUCGCCGCUCUUCAAGCUGAGGCCGAUUCCCAGAUCCAUAAAUUCCACACUCCCCACAGGUACAAUCUUCGGUCUGGUCAGCGGUGUGAGGAUGACCAUGCUGGCUGUACUGACCUCAUCACUGAGUUUGUAGAGGACCAUAGUCGGUUACCGGUCACUCAUCUCACUAUAACGUCUUUCCAUGCAUACUCAAGUGUUGGAUUUGAUACGAAGCAUAGGGGGUCUGUCUUUAAGAGUGGAUUACCAGUUCUUAUUGCAUUUGCUACGAGGGAGCAGAUGGAGGAAGGUGCUGAAUUUCAACAGGCUCUACUGUCUUCAGCGUAUGAUCUGUACCAGGACCUAGUCUUUACCUGGGUGGAUGUUGAAGAGUUCCCUAGAUGGGUUGCUCAGUUUGUUCCGGUCUACUAUCAAAGACUCAUCUUAGAACACAUAGAUGAGAUCACAGAAGAAAUCCUGCCUUCGCUCUUUGUCUACCCUCGCCUCUGCUUGGUUAGACCCAAUGACCAUCGACAUGCAGCAUUCUUUCCUUCAGCAAAGGGGUUCUCGCUAACGUCAAAACUUGUGGGUAGGACUGUGGAUAAAGAUGAUAUUCUCUGGUUUGCCAAAAACUUUUUGAAGAAUCCAGAAGAAAUGUUGAUGGAAACAGAACGGUUUUGAGUGAUGGUCAAACCUGAUGACUUUCAACUUGCAUUCUUCCCUUAUAUAGCAAAAGGGUUCUAACAUCAAAACUUGUGGCACUAGGUUUGCCAGUAACUUCUUGAAGAAUCUAGAAGAAAUGCUGAUGGAAACAGAAUGGUUGUGAUGAAUGGUAAAACUGGUGUGUUGGCUUCAUUGGUAGAGCGUCCGUCUAACAACUGGAAGGUCAGGAGUUCAAAAUUAAUUUUUGAUUUCACUUAAAACCCAAUGAACAGCAACAUGCAGGGUUCUUUCUUCCAUCAAACCUUAUGGGUAGGAUUUUAGAUAAAGAUGACAUUCUUAGGUUUGCCAAAACUCCUUGAAGAAUUCAGAAGAAAUGCUGCUGGAGACAUAAUAGAUCUGAAUCAUGAAUGAUCAAAGAGAAAUUAGCUUUUGAAACAAUGACAGAAAGUAAACAUUACGUCAACCCCUUGUUGGGGAGACGACCGCAGCCAGGAUUAGACGAUAAACAGCAGCUGUGAUAUUGCGUAAGAGCAGCUCAGCCUGUAAUAGGCACUUCGGAAUGAAAUUAUUGUAUUUGAUAUUCAAUCAAGUUUUUAAAGGCAUAUUGUAUUAAGAAGUCCAAUGUUAAUUUGUUUUCAAUUUCGUACAAAGAAAAUCAGCCCCGAAAUAAGGAAAAUAUUAAGAGAAAUAAAAAUGACUGCAUGCGCUGGCGAGCGUGCAGGAAUAGCCACACUGCGUAUGUAAUUGCGGUUUAGUUCUUUUCAGACCCAUCGAGGUCAAGAAACACAUGUAUAGAUACUGAAGUAACUUGCCUGUGGUGAUUUAGGUUUUUCAUGGUUCGAAACUGGGGUUUGCCUUCUCCAUCAAUGGUUUUGCCUCAUGAGACGAUGUGCUGUUCAGUUCAGAACACAUGGUUAGGACUGAGCAUGGACAGAUCUGGGCAUGGAUACACAUAGCCUAGCACUUGAUUGUUGUGUGCAAUCAAUGCUACAAAUUAAUUGUAUGAUCAAUCACUAAUCUUUGGUUUCAUCUGAAUCUUCUAUCCUCUUAGAAUUCUGUCAUGUUGUUUUUGAAAACUGUGUUUGCGAUGUGAUGUGAGAAUACAAUCUGAAAUAUUUAAAUGGUCUAGAUUUCUGAAAUUAAGAUAUGUUAAACUGAGAGUACGAAGUUAGCGAAGUAUAUGUCUGUACAAAAUGAAAAAAAAAAAUCCCUUGCAAAGUAAUAAGUUAAUUCCUGAUACAAAAGUCGCAACAAUUGUAACAUAUAGAGCAAGCAGACUGGAAACACCGUGCUGAUAAAACAUGGAAAUGAUAGUUACUUUACUUUCAUAAGAUGUAUAAUUUUAGAGCAUGGGGGUUACAAAUUUAUUAGCUCUCAUAGGAUUAUCAUGGAUAAUUUAGGGGAGAAAAAUUAAUGAAGGCGAUGUAUUUUGUACAUGUUGUAAUGAUGGUACUUCCAUCUGUUGAGAUAAUUUUCACUGCUAUCUUCUAUUUUACAAUUUAUUAUUCCGUCCAUUUUUUUAAAUUGUGAAACAUGUUGCAUAUUAAAACAGGAAAUAAAGAUUAUGGUAUUAAUUGAUAUAUCCAGGAAGUAUGUUAAUGAAUUGAAAACAGGUGCAGAUCUAGAGUCAGACUUAUAUGGGGCGCAAGUUAGUAAAAAAAAAGAAUUAGGGUCAUUGCUCAUUUUAUGGUGUGCACAGUGAAGGCAUUCUACGGGUACACUAUGAAGGCAUUCUAUGGAGUGCACCAUGAAGGCAUUCUACAAGGUGUACCGUGAAGGCAUUCUACGGGUGCCCAAUGAAGGCAUUCUAUGGGGUGCACCAUGAAGGCAUUCUAUCGGGUGCACCAUGAAGGCAUUCUACGGGGUGCACCAUGAAGGCAUUCUAUGGGGUGCACCAUGAAGGCAUUCUACAUGGUGUACCAUGAAGGCAUUCUACGGUGUGCACCAUUAUAUUUUCAAAUUUUACAGGGGUGCCCGCAUCUUCUGCUCCCUAGAUCCACACCAGUAAAAGAAAAAAAGUUUUAAUAUUUCUCUGGACAAAGUACUAGAUGCAUAACUUCUGCUUUGCACCGAGUUUCCAGUAAUAAGGAGAGUGAUGUUAGUAAACCAUCAUAGAAAUUGCAAUUCAUUCUUAUUUUCAUUUUAUUAACUUUUAGCUUCUGAUUCUAAUUAUGAUGGUUAAAGGGAUGCUCCACGCUGAAACUUAUUUCAUCAUAAUGGAGACACAUCACAUACACAUUUAUGAAAAAAAAUGAAACAAUUAUGAUUUCAUGUAAUAACAUACGAAAAAGGAAAGGGGGGAUGUGAAAUCAUCAGCCAUUUAAUGAAUAUGCAUGAAUACAUGCCUAGAACUGUUUCAACGGAAUAAUGCAAAUCUUUAAAAUUCAAUAACUUUGUUAUCCAAUUUUGAUGAAAUUUUCAGCAUUUUGCUCUGUGAAUUUUACUCUAUUUAUAUGGAUAUAAAUAUCUUAAGCCUGGAGUAUUUUCUUAUAGGUAUGCACAUUCAGUAAUAAGAAUGAAUCAUCAUGUACCUGAUUCAACACAACUCUCUGCUAAAAUGAUAUGAAGUAAACAAAUAUACAGUAUAGUCUUGGUUUUUUUUUAUGUAUAUAAAAGACAAAUGUUAGUUAUUAUUCCAAGACAGUCACAUUUGUGAGCAGCAUCACAAUUGGUUGUCCUUAGAUCAGUUUAUUUCAAACCCUGGUUCAAAAUAUUGGCAUUAUAGCUUCAGAUUAAAGUUGGGAGCUAUACAGUUUGUAGGCCUAAAAACCUAACUCAAAGGAGGAGCAGAGCUUUGCAGCAGAACACUGCAACAAUCGCCGAACUGUGGGUGUCUGUGCAGAAUUUAUUUUUGUGGUGCAUAUAUAUGGAUGGAAGAAAUAGUACACAAAUAAUCACAUUGCAGCGUAAUUCAUCUUAUCAAUUUCUUUAUUGGUGUACAUUACUUCACAUAGUUCAUUUCAGUAUUCAUUUCUCUCAAGUUUACAUUAAUGUAUUUCAAUUCACCCUAGAAAGUUACAUUUAAAGGAAACUCAGUGGCAGAUUCAUGAUCUGAAAUGGAGGGGAGCAAAUCGUCUCACUCUUUGAGAGAUUUUAAACCAGGAUUCUAAAAAAGGGGCUAGUAUAGUCAUAGUGGUGUCAAGGAUAGACUUGUUGAAAAGAGACGAGUUUUCUUGGAUGUAGCUAUUAGUUGUAUACUAGAUGAGUGAUUCUCAAAUAAGGGGGGGGGGGAGGGUGGUAUACCUUGCAUCCCUGCCUGAAUCUGCCACUGACACUUCAGCGUGUGCAAUAUCUAUGUAAUCUUUUUGUGUGUGUGUGUGUGAUUCAUUUUAUUCAUCCUUCCUAUCUAUAUACAUUGUACAAUAAGUGUCUUUGUAAUUAUUGAUAAAGGAAAAUUAAAAAUUGAUGUCUCAAUGUCAAAUAAUGAAACCAACCCCAGACUGACAAAAACUAAUGUUAUUACUAAUGGCAAACCCUUUUUUCCGUUCGGGGUUGAUUUCAUAGGUGGGACUGUAGCUAGAGAUAUUUAUCGAUAAAUAGUCAAUAAAUUUCCAUUUCAUAUUUUCUUAAAA